AUGGACGACUCAGAACUCUACGACGAACGCGCUGAGGAGCUGGACACACUGCAGAGCAUCUACCCAGAGCUUACAAAACAUGCGACCAUUCCACACUCGGCAUCGUUGCAGCUCCUUGUAGCGCCUUCGAAACCUCUGCCCAUUACCUUUGAGCCAGGACUGGAUGUAGAGCGUCUGUCGUACCUGCCUUCUCUCCGCAUCGACAUGGCCCUCCCAACCGCAUACCCCGCCGAAGCCCCGCCUACAGUCACACUCUCGACUUCGCCGCCAUGGCUGCCUUCACAUGUCCUGCAGAGUCUCACAGAGGAGGCGACGUCUUUAUGGGAAGAAUAUGGGCGCGGGACUAUACUGUACUCGUACAUCAGCUCCCUGCAAGAGCAGGCCGAGUCGGCGUUUGCCCUUGAGGACCUCACGCUUCCCUCGGACUUGCGACAACAUCUUGUGGCCUAUAGCAAGCAAAUGAAGCGUGAACUGUUCGACAAGGAGACUUUUGACUGUGGGGUAUGCUUGGAGCCGAAGAAGGGCUCGGUGUGCUACCGAAUGCAGCGCUGCAGUCAUGUCUUUUGCGUAGUCUGCCUACAGGACUAUUACAACAACUGCAUCAAGGAAGGCGAUGUCAACAACGUCAAAUGUAUGUCGACAGAAUGCGGCAAGCCUGUUGGAAGCAAGCGAAAGAAGGAUCGAUUGCUGUCUCCAAAGGAGUUGCUGCAGAUCCCACUGGCUCGCGAUACGGUUGAACGCUUCGUCAAGAUCAAGCGGAAGAAGAAGAUCGAGUCCGAUCCAACCAUCGUAUAUUGUCCGCGAUCGUGGUGUCAAGGUCCCAUGCGAACGGACAAGUAUCCAAAGCCUACUACAGACAUAGCAGACAUGGACGAGUCGGACUCCGAAGCCGAUGAAGAUACUCCAGUGCUGCAGCAUGAAGAUGCAAAAGAUCACGAGAAGCGCCCUGCCGGGACCAAAGGCAUGGACCGCCUAGCUCAGUGUGAAGACUGUACUUUCUCGUUUUGCAAGAUAUGUCUGGCUUCAUGGCAUGGAGACUUCGUUCGCUGCGAAGCGAGAGACAAGACGGAGCUCACUGAAGACGACCAGGCCUCGCUCAACUUCAUAGCGAACAACACUUCGCCAUGUCCCACUUGCUCAGUCCCCUGCCAAAAGUCGUAUGGGUGCAACCAUAUGACAUGCAUGAACUGCAAAACACAUUUUUGUUAUCUAUGCGGCGCUUGGCUGAACCCGGAUCAUCCUUAUGCCCACUUCAACGACAAGAAGAACAAGCAUUGCUUCCUGCGCCUCAUGGACGGUGCAGAGGGUGAUGAAGAUGGUGUACAAUUUGGUGGCGCUCGUGGUGCCGCACAUAUUGCCGAGUUCUGGGAAAACGAGGCCAUGCGGAUCCAACUAGAACUAGACGCCGAGGCCGCGGCGGCGCAGUGA